UCCCGGGCAAGUAACGAAAAAUCGGCACGCGCGGUUAGUCGGGUUCCCAGUUCCCAACUGUUGGGCUCCUUCUGCUGAUCUGUGUGUGUGUGUCUGGAGGGCCAAGCUUUGCACUUUUUCUAUCUCCGAGUUUAUUUUUUUUUGGUCCACCUACCCCACCCGUUGUUGGACUGGUAAAGCAUCGACCGGCGGUGGUUCGGAAGUUUCGGGACUUUCUCAGCUGUCGUCCGGGUGACGGUGCUGGUGGAGGUGGUGGUGGUCAACAAGUUACUGCGUGUCUCCCACCAAACCCCGCUUUGGACGCCACCGGCGUCACGGUGAGUAAUGAAUAAGCUACGCGAUUUGAAUCCGAAUCCGAGCGCGAACGAUGAUGCUUUGAGCUGAGAUGAAGAUUAGGUGGCGAAGGAAAGGGCAACGGAAAUCGAUCUCCUAAAAAUCGUUGUUGUUGUUUUUUUCCUGGUGGGCUACUACGUUCCCAGUCGGUGCAGAAAGCUAUUCGAAGAAUGUAAAGAUGACAGUCGUGCCGUGAAUAGAUAAUAUGGUCUCCCUCGCCAGUUUUGCUCCAAUCAAAAAGUGGCUGAAAGUUGUGUGUGCGUUUUUUUUCCUCUCGGCAGUCGGUUCCGGGGUGAGGAAAAAUCGUUGCCAAUUGCGAGGUGCGAUUAAAGGAGUUCAAACGUGCCAAUUGGAUCAUGAUGCCAUAAUCUGAUUCGAAAUCCGUGACACGAAGACAAUCGACGACGAGCGUUUUUACGAAAGUUUUCCGGAUCAGCUCGUUCUGCCCGUCGAAAGCAACGGCGGAGGAAGACGACGAGGAAAUUAGUUUUUGACGAUUUGAUGCGAAGAAAACGAACUGAUUUCGGUCGACCGAUAGACAGGGAAAAUAGAGAAUGGAAAGUACUUGCAGUGGAAAAAGGGGGUGCCACCGUCGAUGGUCGUUUUUUUUCUCUGAGUUGAGCACUGCUUCGUGCGGCAAAAAAUCAAACUAGUGAAAGAACAUAACAACAACAACAAUUGUCUGUCAGAAGCGAAGAAGUAGAAUGAUUGUGUAGUGAUUCAAAUGUGAUACCAUAACCGUGAAGAAGAUAAAUGGAAAUUAUUUAAACGCAACGAUAGCAAUUCUGUGUUCGUUUUUUUGCUCCGGUGUCUGUGGACAGCGAGAAGAAUUAGGGAAUUGUAUGUGUGUGUGUGUGUGGUAAUGUGCAAAGGAUCUUCGCUGGUACCGUGAUGGUAUAAAAGCACGGUGUCGGUGAAGGAAAAAGCAUCUCGUGCUUUUCAAAGUGAAACGAUAACGAGAAGCAAAAGCGCAGGCAAAGGACAAGAAACGGGCAGAGAGGAUUCCGUUGGAAAAGGAUUAAUCACAUACAGAAUUCGACGACAACCCCGCACUCUGACGCAUCUGCACCCACCGCCGGGUAGCGUCGUGCAUUCGCACGAUCGUCCGUCGUCGUCGGUCGACAUCGGAACCGGUGCCGCCAGUGGCCAUUCUUGGCGGCACAAUCACGAACGCCAGCACCAUUGGAGGAGACAACCGUAGCAGUAGCACUUCCGUACCAGUGUUGCCAGCGCGUACAGCGAUCCGGACCGCCCGCACUACGUCCACCAUCCGAUCGUACGUUGUACGUCGGAAGAAGCGCCGGAGACGAAAGAAAAAAGUGACCACUAUGGGCCACUACCAGGUGGCGUUCAGUGCUAUUUAUACCAUCCAGCAACAAAUCGGCACGGCGUGAACUGCUGUAGAGUAGAGUUUGAUCGUCGGCGACAAAACACUGAUGAACCGAGACAAAGCAGAGCUGGUGCAAAUCGAUGUCUGUGUUUGUGCGAUCGUUUUCCGUUUCUUGAGUGUUUUGGUUCCGUUUUUUCUCUAGAUAAAUAGUUAUAUCGAAGUUUAUUGUGGUUUGACUGAAUAAAAAAAAGGUCAAACAUAUUUUCACAGCCGAUUCCCUGGGGGCCGAGAGAAGCACACGACUAAAGCGGAAAAUCGGAAUUUCGGAGUAACACGGGUAUCUCAAUCGUUGUUGUUCGUAUCGUACGUAGCAACAAUAGAGGAACAAUUGCAAAACGAAAUUGAGCAAAAGCAAAACGCCAAGCUAAAAUUUAUAUUUGGCCAUACUAAUGCUACCAAUGCAGCAUACACGCGUGCAUCAGACGACGGCUGUUGGAUUUCGCCAGUAGGUAGUAACGUAGCUUGUCAGUGUGAGUGUGUUCCGGAUAAAUAAAGAAACCGACCGGAAAGCAGAUGAGCAGCUUGUGUGCGCGAGUGUAAAUAGAAGAAUGUAUUUCUAGUGUAACAGUGUCUAUACGUAAAUUGGAAAACAAUCUCGCAAGCUGAUGAGAGUUAGCUAUUGGAUUUUCGGUUAUAAGUUAGUUUAAUUAGUACAUUAUAUACUAGAAGAUAUUGUUCGGCGACUGAGGGACCAGCCAAUUAACUAGAGCGCUUGCCAUUCGAAUGUUUUGCCGAACGGGGGCCCACUUCCUAGCUUGAGUAGUCAUCCAAUUCGGUAGGAAGAGAACACAAGACUAAGGGACGUCACGAUGGAUUACCCUCUGAUGACGACGGGUAACAUCUCGCAGGAGGAUUUCCUUGCCAUUGUCGGGGGGAACUCCUCGCUGGCUGGAUUCGUUCACGGUUCGGCGACGAAUUCGUUGAACGAUUCGCUGAACGGAGUGAUGGCCACCGGUGGCGACAAUCGGACUAUAUUCACCGGUUAUCCAAGCGGAUACACACUGCCGCACAUCAUUAUCGCUUCAAUUAUCGUGACAAUACUAAUGAUAGUCAUCGUAGUCGGUAACAUGCUGGUGAUCAUUGCGAUCGCCACCGAGAAGGCACUGAAGAAUAUCCAGAAUUGGUUCAUAGCUUCGCUGGCAGUGGCAGACUUCUUUCUCGGUUUAGUAAUCAUGCCGUUCUCGUUGGCCAAUGAGCUGAUGGGCUAUUGGAUCUUCGGGAAUUGGUGGUGCGAUAUCCAUUCGGCUAUGGAUGUACUGUUGUGCACUUCGUCGAUUAUGAAUUUGUGCUUGAUAUCGCUUGAUCGGUACUGGAGCAUCACCAAGGCAAUCGAGUAUCUGAAGUCAAGGACACCGGCCAGGGCUGCGUUUAUGAUUGCCGCGGUGUGGAUCAUGUCGGCGCUGGUAUGCAUACCACCGCUGCUGGGCUGGAAGGCGCCCCGUCCGGAGGAACACGUCGAGCUGCCGCAAUGUCAGCUGAGUCAGGACAUUGGCUACGUGCUCUACUCGGCGCUCGGUUCGUUCUACAUACCGAGCUGCAUCAUGGUGUUCGUGUACAUUAGGAUCUACUAUGCGGCGAAGGCACGAGCCCGAAGGGGGAUACGGAAAAAGCCCUUGAAGCCACCCAGCGAACAGGACACCAGCUUCACGCGUCCCAUAGGAACAAACCCGAUGCCAUCGCUUCCCAGUGCCUCAUCCGUGUCGGUCGCGUCAGUGGCCCCUACAGCCGCCAGCGUCAACGGUCAGCAUGCGGCAACUGUCAACAGUAACAACAACAACAACAACAACACCAGUUUAAGCAACAACGCUGGCCAACAGCAGCAGCAGAUAGCGACAAUUGAACCCCCACCAAGAGGACUAGCCGGUGGGGCUGGAUGUGGCACGACGAUGUCCAUCCCGGUGGUAACGUGCGAUUUCGCCUCGGAUAUGUCCACCAGUGAGGCCGCAGACCACGAUCACGUGGCAGCGAUACAGGAAAUGAAGGAUACACUUAAGGUGGGGACACCGGGGAGCGGGCUAACCUCACUGCCUUUGAUGCGAGGGAACAAUGGGGCCGCGGCAAAUUCCGGUGCAGCGGUUAGUCCGGGGAUUUUAGCCCGGAAUCGGGCCCUGUCGGUGGGUAUCGAGACGGAUAUGGUGAGUGAGUUCGAUCCGUCCAGUUCGGAUUCCGGGGUGGUCAGUAGGUGCGCGGUGGUUAAACCACUUAAAUUUAGGCUGUGUCAACCGAUUUUCGGACAACGGGGUAGGGGUAGAAAUAAGAAUAACAAAGCGAUGAUGAACUGCGCGGGUAUGGGCGGGACCGGGAUGGGACAGCAGACGAUUUCGAUAUCGGCUCGACAAACGGAUAGUGCUUGUAGCGGGGAGAUGGAACCGGCGCUUCCGAAGCCUAAGCCAAGGGAUCCGGAGAAAGAGAAGCGGCGGAUAGCGCGGAAGAAAGAGAAACGGGCAACUUUGAUCCUCGGUUUGAUCAUGGGCAGUUUCAUAGCCUGCUGGUUGCCGUUUUUCUUUCUGUACAUUUUGGUGCCGGUUUGCAAAGAUUGUCACAUACCGGAUAUAGCAUUUUCGUUAGCAUUUUGGUUGGGUUAUAUGAACUCGGCGCUGAAUCCGGCCAUUUAUACUAUUUUUAACAAGGACUUUCGGCGCGCUUUUCGACGAAUCCUGUUCAAGUGAUGUUUGGCGUAUGUGUGCUGCUACCGCUGCGUUUCCCGGAGCAUCGAGAAAGCUACGGAGCGCGCGGUCAGUGGCGCACAACUCGGCGGAGGAGGCUACCGGGGCGGAUAUCUGCGAUAACCCCGUUCAGUUGUAGCAAUGGCAAAAUCACGCAAGCUCUUCGUCAACGCAUCGACGGCACCCCUAGCACGUACUUGUCUGUUCCCCGCCCAGCUCGAUGUGGCGGCACAGAUGAUCUAAGACUAAAAAACACCAAGUGUCCAUAAAGCACACUCACACAAACACACACUCAGACUUCCGGGAAGCGCGAAUCAUUUUCACGCACGUAUAGAAUCGAGUCCCACCCGAAUCCGAGGGCUGAUGAAUUUAAUUGUUAGGAAAGACUAAUUGUAACAAACUCGCAAAUUUUAUACCAAGCACAAUCUAUACUUUCAAGUUUAGAUGUCGAAACGUCUGCUAGAUCCCACCCUACCCCCCCCCCCCCCUCCGAAACCCACCACCACCAACACCAUCUAGCAGCAGGGCUGGACCCGGUUCAAGAGGCAUCGGUGGGACCCCUUCCCUUUUCCGAUGAACAGGAGAGUGCAGGGUGAAAAUUAACCACAAAACGAUAGUGUAAGCAAUAAUUGUAAUCUUGUUCUUCAGUUUCAAAUUAUUAGCAAUAGGUUUCGAGUAACAUUUAGUGGAAAAAAUCGAGUCAAAAUAUUCUAGUGUAGUAAUUUUUGAGGUUAAGGUCAACCCGAGCAGUAAAUAUAGGAAAUCGUGUAAAAAUUAACAAACUCUAGGAGGUACAUACCGGUAUAAAACAAAAUAGCUACAAUUUUUAUGACUCGCGAAAGUCGUCUGGUGGAAAAUUAGCCCCUUUUAGUGACCUACCUGGCGCACUCCGCCCGUCUGUGAAUAGUGUACAUAGUUUCAGCUCAUCGCACCAUAAACACUCACAUACAACCACACACACACAGUCUAGAGUAAAUAUUCAUCAAAGUAAACGAACAAUGUUUUAAUCAAGCAAUAAAUCCACGCCUUGCGGCGAUUCCAACGGGCCGUGGAUCACCAAAAUCUGUACAUAAAGUGAAAAUAAAAAAAAUUGUUAGUGUUCUAUGAAAUUUUAAAAAGUGGUAAUCAAAAGCUCGUUCCGUAACAUGGGUGUUAUUUUCCUAGAAGGAUAGUGAUUCUUAUACAACAGAGAAACAAAAAAGAAAAAUUAAAAAAAUACCAAACCUGUCAAACACACCCACUAUAUAGUUUUGAUAUAUUCUAGUAACUGUUGCAGAGUAUAAAAUAUGUAUGGAAAUUUACACUUUUACAAAUCCAUCUCGCGGUACACAGGAAACGUUUGUGGUCGGUCGCCUAUGGCCUCCUCGCCAAAAGGCAAACGGAAAACAUUAUGAAAGAAAUAAAGUGAAAAAUCUUCGCCCUCCCUCCGCCACAGGAACCAGAUGCAAUCGGACGGGAAAUGAUAAAGAAAAAUAAUACUGCUAGCCCAUCCUGUUCUCUUUCACUCUCUCUCUAGCUAUCCUAUUUCCUCCACCAGGGCGGUCUAUCCACACUGUGGAAGGGUAUAUAUACGGGAAAGAUACGACGGGAUGGAGCUAGCUACCACCUGUACAGUCGGAUCGUUUCCCUCAUCUGGGAUCCAAGGAGGCGAGGGUGCGUAACUUUAGGCAGUUGUGUCAAACCAACCGGCGGGUUGAGCAGAUGUAGAGGAAGAAAAAUACAAAAACAAAAGUUAGUUCGAAAAAUAGAAUUCUAAAUUCAUACGAUUAGUAAUCAGCAGCUAGGUGUAUAUUUUUCUUCACACGAACUACAAAUUAGCGGUACCUCGCUAUCGGAUAAUCCCGUUUUUUGAUGUUUUAAGAAAAGCAGUGGCGGUGGUGAGCGAUUCAUUAGUGUCUAUCUAAAUUUAAAAUCGCCAACUAGAAAGCUGGGAAGAAAACCCAGUCAGUAGAUUAUUCGAAUAAAGUUAAUAUUUUUAUACAAUUACAAUUGAUGUUGUUAGGUGAAGCAAACAAAACCAAAAAUCAAAAAUAACACAAACAAUGUGGCAUAAAGUUACUAUUUGGUUAAAAACUCCAAUUCACAAACACACACACUGUCAUCACAUCUACUCAUUACACGAAACAUAUACCAUUGAAUGUUAAAUCUCGUCUGGUAAUAGUUACAUACGACUACUGCGCUCGUGCAUAGAGAACAAAAGCGGUAAAGGUUUCUAUAUUAUUGAAUAAUUAUUAUUGUUGUUAUUAGUGAAAAUAAAGAAAAAAAAGUCAGUUGAGGGACAUAAACAUGCGUGAACUAAAUCGUAGUUAUUAAAGAAAUCACAGUCUAAACGUGAACGAAUUGUGCAUCUUUUCUCAUAUAGGACAACUAUUCAUUCACAAGCACACGCGAACACACGCACACAGCCAUUCGACGAAGACUCGGAUAAAGAAAGCUGACGCACAGAACUUGUUUACUUGAAGAUUAAAAACGCUGAAUCCCUCUGAAUAAACACUCGCCAUCUUUAUCGUUUUCCAUUUGUCUGUCAGUGUCACUCCAAUCGAGCACGAAACCUGUCAAAAGUACUCAAUCCGAAAAAAAAUCGCUUCGAAUCCUUCUGGAACAAGCGUCAUUGACAAUUCUCGUGCUUGAUUGGGAUGACAUUGACAGAUAAAUGGUAAACAAACGAUAGAUAAAGCGAGUGUUUGUCCAGAGGGAUUCAGCACUGUCAUUGAUGAUAAAUAUUCUCGGGAAUGGAAUUUCGUCAGACGUGGAAUGACAAAGAAUAACGACGUUGAAUCUCUGAAUAAAUCUUCAACACCUAAAUUGUUUUGUUUACCAUUUGUCUGUCACUAUAAUUCCAAUCGAGCACAGGACCUGCCAAAAGCAUUCAAAUUGAGGAAAACCUCAAAUGAAUAGUAAACAAAAUAUUGAGGUGUCGAGUUGCUAUACCAGAGAACGGAGAAGUACGUUGUUUGCUCGAUUCAGUUUGUUAACGACACGCGACAUCUCAAGCACUUUAAAGUUCAUAUAAAGUCGCCAAAACUCUAAUCGAUCUUCAAAACUACUUAAUCCCUUACAGUUCAGAUAUCGACUCAAAACAAGCAAUUCAAGCAGCUCUGAUACACGAACUGUCGGUUGCUUGACAUUAUUGCAAACAGAAUGGGAACCAGGCAACCCUGUCGUAUUGACGUAUUUACGUCAUAACAGAUUUGGUUUGAUAUUUAAUUAUCACAAUUUUUAAAUCCUGAGAAAGCUGCGAUGUCCAGAUCAUAGCAAUGAUUUGGACGCAGUUUUGGUUCCAUAUUCGCAAGUAGCAGCAAGUGCCUGGUCUACGCCAACCGCUUGGAGUCUUUUGGAGCCCGACCUCUGCCAUCCGGAAUCAGCCGUGUAGACGAAUGUAGUGUUUCUUCACCCCAUUAGUAGUGCGAAGCCAUCCUCCAACGUUUGAUAUACCACAACAAGCUACUCAGAUUAUAAACACUCAUAGUAAUAGACUCGCGGAUGUGAAAACCGCAAAACUGGCAACUAGAAAAACAAGCGCGUUAAACUGGCAUCACCCAAAAGUGUGCAAGCUCGAACGUGCUCGACUGUAUUCGAUCACCUUUUUUUUUAUUAAAAUAAUUUUUCAAGUGGUUCAAUAUGUGAAUCAAAAGAGAAGUUAUACGUUUGAUACUGAGCAACAAAAAAUUAAGAAAAGCAAAAAAAUCCAGUUUCUUUAAAAAAACACAAAUUUGAUGAAAAAGAGCAUAAGUAAAAUGUUUUUUAUUCUUUUAUAUAGAAAACAAUAAAUAUCUUUCUGAAUAACAUUGUAAAAUACUAACACGAACAUGAAAAGUGAAGCCUACUGUGAAUAACAAAAUUUUUUUUUAUAUAAAAUCGCAAUACUUGUUCUGCUUAUUUGCAUUGUAUGACGUCAUGCUCGUUUGGCUCCGAAUUUUGACAGUUUGUUUGGCUCGAUAAAAGUACCUCCGCUGGUCUAUUACUAUGAGUGUCUAUAACUCAGAUAACCAACAAACAUUACUGUAUGCAGUACAGUCGUGAUUCGCUGGUUGGACACUUUUUAACUGGACCGCUUUUUAGUUGGACCUCCGCUAGUUGGACCAUUGUCCAACUAAAAAGCAUUUGUGUCAUGUAUGUCAAAAUCUUAUGUCGAAUUCACUUCAACAAUCAAUCUGACAAUUAUUAGAGAUGUGAAUAGAUGCAAUUACACUACUAACGUCUCCUUUGGAGAUUUUGACAUCUGUCAGUCAGUCCAACUAACGAAUCAAAUUCGUUAGUUGGACAGAGGUGUGGCUCAACCAGCGAAUCACGACUGUAGUGUGAGUGAAUUCAUUUGCAUAGAACUCUAUUGAAAGUUUCACAAGAAUUCAAGUAAGUAGCGGUUUGCCCACUACUCGGGUUCUUACUUGCCCGGCAGACCUUAGCCGGGGAAGCGAGUGACUCCUUGGCACUUAGCUUCCCUUUCCGGUGAUCCGUGCCCGAACAAGUACCUAAACCCUUUUUUUGGUUCAGUGUAUUCCUACCGAUUAGUUGUUUACAUGAAUUGCUCCCAACUAUUUUUACUUUUUGACGAUAUUUAUGAAGUUUUUAUGGUUGUGUGUCGUGUUAAUCGACUGAGAAUUUUGUUUUUACCAUUGUUAUUGUGCAGUGUGAAAGUGUCUUCUGUGUUGCGAAAAAACCAGCGAAGAUCGCAAUUGAGUGAACUUCUGUGACUUAACCACCAAAACUUUCCACUGAACGCAGCGCCAUCUAUAUUUCAUUGUUCGCAUUCUCAGAUCGGCAUUAUGGAAAGUAAAUGCGAUCACUGCGCGAAAACCGUCAAAUCGGAUGACGACUUUAUCGAAUGUAUAGGUUUUUGCAAAAAUGUGGUGCAUAUGCAAUGUGGGAAACAACAAGCCGUUUUUGAAAAAAACUUGCGGAAAACCCAAAUUUAUUUUGGAUGUGCAAUGAAAGUGUCAAGCUUGUUUGCUCGCCUUCGCGACACCGUUUCUUCCCUUGGAUGUGUUAUCACUGCUAUCGCUGGGAAAACGGAUGACGUCUGUGCUGAACUAAAGGCCGAGUUAUCCAAAAAUAACCAGCAAAUUUCGCGCCUGACUAGAAAGGUUUCAACAGCUACUCCAGUCCAGCCAAACUCCGGUACCUCUCGACCACCUCAGAAACGUUGUCGCGCGGAUGGCCCUGAUCCGAGCAAUAUUCUUGUUGGUGGUCGAAAGCUAGUCGAUAAUAGCAACAUUGUUACGGUUCCACCUCCCGCGCCGUUGCUCUGGAUAUAUCUUUCCCGCUUUCAUCCUAGCGUUAGCAAAGAGACUGUCGAAAAAAUGUCUAAAGAAGGACUAAAUUGUAACGAGGAGAUAAAGGUUAUUCCGCUUGAUAAAAAGGGAUAGACGUCAGUACUUUGAACUUCAUAUCUUUCGAAGUUGGAGUUCACCCAAAGUACCGUGAUCCAGCUCUUAACCCUGACACAUGGCCGCAAGGCAUACUGUUCAGAGAAUUUGAGGACAGCGGUACCCAGAACAUUUGGAGCCCGCCUACUGAUUUUCUACCGCCUCCAGAAGAAGUAUGUACUUCUCUAAUGUAACCCGGCCCAUCAAUGGUUCUGCAGAGGACUCCGCAACGAUUGACCAUGCCAAGCUACACCGCCCUUGUGAAGGAGUAUCGAUUCCGAUCGCAUACUGGGAUGCAACGCAGUUGGUACUAUGUAAGCCCUUGCUCCCCCACUACAGUCGAGCCCUUGCCGCCAGCGUUCAGCAGUCGUCUUGGUCCUGUAUGUGUGGGUGGAGAAAGGGUCUUCCAAGCCGCCUUUCUCGGCAAGUAUUAUACAAAUUGUAACGAUACAACGGUUGAACCGAUUCACGCUUCCAGCUCAUCGUACGACUCUCGCCAUAAGCUGCUACCACCCCGUUCCUGCUCUCCGCAUUCCGCCAUCAGGUUUCAAUGCAUACUGGGACGCACCGCAGUUGGCACUAUGGAAACCCUCGAUCCCCCCGCCACAGUCGAGCACUUGCAGCCAGCGAUCUCAGUCGUCCCGGCCCUGUGUGUGGGAUGGACAGUGAUGUACCGAUGGGAAAAAUUCCAUCUUCCCGGGUUUUUAUUUUUGGAUUUUAACCGGGUUUUUUUCCCAAAUCAUUUUAACCCGGUCGAAAUAUGGGUUUUUUCGUUUUCUCGAAUGUAUGAUGUUCAUUUAAUGUUUUUUAACCUUUCGGCAGUCGCGCUAGUGCACUGAGUGCACGCUGCUCUGAAAACCUAGCGAAAUCGUCUUAGGACACCAGCGGCUGCUCGUGCAGUGGGCUAAAAGCGCGACUUCCGGAGGGUUAAAGAAUCUUGCAUUUACAAUUGAGAGACCGAAAAUAAAAGUCGCAAGGAUUAAGCAUACUUUGUAGAACCCACUCCAGAAAAGUUCUUUGUAAGAACCGGAUAUACUUUUUUACGGUUUUAUUCUAUAGGACAUAAUCGAAAAGCUCCUGUCCGAUUUUGAAAGUUGAAGUUCAAAUCCAAUUUUCACAUUCUAGUAUAUUUAUAACGGGUUUUACGAAGCAUUUUCUGUUCCUGCGACUUUAAUUUCGGUCCAUUCCAUAUUACAACUUGUUUUACAUAAUACUGGGAACAAAAUUUAGAAAAUACCUAUUUAGUUAGGUGAAAAGUAAAAGUGAGUAAUAUGCAGAAAGCGAGUGGCCUUGACAUUCGUCUUUAGUAUGAACAGUAAUCAGAACUCUCACAAAUCGCAAUCCGAAUUCUUUCGGCAUCAACUACAUCAGCAACAGUAGAAAAAAUGUUUAGUACGUUUAGGUGGAUUCACAGUAAGAAACGCAAUCGACUUAGCCCAAAACGUGUUGAAAAGUUUAAUCACUUAUUUAACCACAAUAUUCGUAAAGAAAUGUUGGAUCACCGCUAUAGCAAUGAUUCAAUCGAGGAAAACCAUUCAGAAUUCAUAUACAUGCAAAACUUUAUGACAAUAAUGCUCAUAAAUAAAAUAAAAAUGUUUGGAUAAGGAAUACAUUAAUGUUCAAUUAUUAAAAUAUCAAAAAAUUGCAAAAAACCCAAUCUUCCCGCGAAAAAACCGUUUUAACCGGGAAAAAACCUUGGGUUUUUUCCCCAAAAUUAUAAAAGCCCGAUUUGGUACAUCACUGCGGAUAGGUGAAGGGGUCUUCCAACCUGCCGCAAAUGGCAAGUAUACAUCUGUACUGAACACUAAGCGCUGAUGUAUUCUUCGCUUCCAGUUUUUUGCCUUUUGCUCCGACAUCUUGUUAUCAGAUGCCAACAACAUCUCUCGACGACGACGAUAGUCGUAUUUUGUGGCGCGACGCAGUUGAUUCGGGAUGCCUCGAAUCCCUCACCACAGUCGACCAAGUGACCGUGAACCGUUCUGAUACUGUUCGUGGGAUUGACGAAAGGAUCUUCCUACACGACAACCUGGUUUCGCUCUCUGCUGUACCUGAACCGUCCUCCAACCACAUCGAGGCUUACUACCAGAAUGUUGGUGGCUUAAAUUCAUCAACGGACAGCUAUUUGCUCGCGACCGUGGGUUGCUGUUACGACGUUAUCGCCUUGACCGAGACGUGGCUCGACAACCGUACUCUGUCUCGCCAGGUGUUUGGUUCAACAUUCGAUGUCUACCGCUGUGACCGCAACGCCUUCAACAGCCACAAAACAUCAGGUGGUGGUGUGCUUAUCGCCGUUCGCCAUGAUAUAAAAGCCCGAGUGAUCAACGAUGACCGGUGGGCGAGCUCCGAGCAAGUGUGGAUAUCAGUGAAACUUGCUGAUCGCAAUCUGUUCCUGUGUGUUGUGUAUUUUCCACCUGACAGAAUUCGUGAUUCCAGCCUGAUCGAUGUACAUCUUUCCUCCGUUUCUUUUAUCGCCUCGAUCGCCGCCCCGUCUGAUGAUAUCGUUAUACUGGGCGACUUCAACUUACCUGGUUUGACGUGGUGCCAGGCAAGUAAUGGUUUUCUACGAUUAGAUAUCGAAAAAUCUGCGCCUAUUAACAAUGCCAGUUGAAUUUUGGACAAUUACAGAAGUGCAACUCUUCGGCAAAUUAAUAAUGUCACCAACGAGAAUGGACGCACAUUGGACCUCUGCUUUAUAAGUGCCCAGGACGAAGCUCCGUACUGCUGCACUGCACCGACUACACUACAUCUUGUAUUCGCUGGUAACCUAGGAAUGAAUUUUGAAGACGUCUCAAGCUCUAUCGUCUACGAUUUUAAAAACGCUGACUACGACAGCAUCGUUAGCACGCAGUUGGAUAUAAACUGGGACGAAAAUCUUAACAAUGACGAUGCGAACGAAGCAGCGAUGACGUUUUCUAGUAUUCUUAACUAUCUUAUCAACCGCCAUGUGCCUAAACGAACAAUCAAUCCCUGGCAAUCAACCGUUCUUAGACGUUUAAAAUCUGCCAAACGAGCUGCAUUUAAAAAAUUCUCGAAGCAUAAGACACUUGCAUUACGAAACCACUACUUUCAACUCAACCACGAAUACAAACAACAAGGCGCGUCCUUUUUUAGACACCAGCGAAACGUCGAGCGUCAACUGAAUCAACUGAAGUCGCUGCCGCCGCCAAUUUAGCUCCUUCUCUAGGACGAACCAUCAACCGAAUUUGUGUCGAUAAUGCUGCCAUUCUUGCAGAAAAUGCCAAACUGAAAGCAUCUUGUUCCCCGGGUCCAGAUGGUGUUCCCUCGAUUUUUGUCAAAAAGUGCAUCAGCGGGCUUCUUGAACCACUUCGGCGAGUCUUCGAGCUAUCACUCACUACUGGUACUCACUCCCUUCCUGCUGGAAAGCAGCGCACAUGUUUCCAGUUCAUAAGCAAAUCGAACAUUGACAAUUAUCGGGGGAUCUCGUGUUUAAGUGCCGUAUCAAAACUGGUCGAGUUGGUUGUGUUAGAUCCUAUUUGCUUUCACUGCAAUCACUACAUUGCAGAUGACCAACACGGUUUCAUGCCUAAACGAUCGACAACGACAAACCUGCUCUCGUUCACAACAUAUGUAAUGGAUGGAUUCGCUGACGGAUUGCAAACCGAUGCUAUUUACAUGGAUCUAUCUGCGGCCUUCAACAAAAUCAACCUUGAUAUCGCAAUAGCGAAGCUGGACUAACUCAGCAUUCAUGGACAACUUCUGCGCUGGUUUCGGUCCUACCUCGAUGGAAGGCAACUCCAAAUCAGCAUUAAGGACUGUCUAUCUGCCCCAUUCUUCGCUACAUCCGGCAUACCACAAGGAAGUCAUCUCGGCCCAGUAAUAUUCCUCCUCUACUUUAAUGGCGUCAAUUAUCACAUUACAAGGACCCCGCCUUUCUUUCGCCGAUGACAUGAAAAUUUUUCAACAAAUACGGGUUAAAACCGAUGCUGAGCUUCUUCAGAGGGAACUGGACAGCUUUAGUACGUGGUGUGAUCUAAACAGAAUGGUUUUAAACCCGAGCAAAUGCUCAAUCGUUAUGUUCACGCGGAAGCGCCAUCCGACUCAGGUUAACUACCAUUUAUUCGGCUCGAGUAUUCCAAGACACUCUCACAUCAAAGAUCUCGGAGUCAUCAUGGAUUCGGCACUAACAUUCAAAGCACAUACUUCAUACAUCGUGGAUAAGGCAUCACAACAGCUUGGGUUCAUCUUCCGAAUAGCGAAAAACUUCAGGGACGUAUAUUGUCUUAAAUCGCUUUACUGCACGAUGGUCCGCUCAACGUUAGAGUAUUGUUCAGCUGUUUGGAAUCCGUACUACCAGAACGGGAUUGACAGAAUCGAGGCUGUCCAACGCAGGUUCAUACGCUUUGCCCUUCGUCAUCUCCCAUGGCGAAACAGAUUUCAGCUGCCGAGCUAUGAAAACCGUUGCCAGCUAAUACACCUCGAUACACUCAGCAUUCGGAGGGACUGCUCUCGAGCCCUGUUCGUCUCGGACUUACUCUCUGCCAGAGUGGAUUGCCCUACAAUCCUCAGACGUCUGGAUCUUCAAGCCCGCGUUCGAGCUCUACGUAAUAACUCUCUUCUGCGAGUUCCGUUCAGGAGAACCAACUAUGGUUUCCAGAGCGCUGUUACCGGACUCCAGCGUAUUUUUAACAGUGUGGCGACGGCCUUUGACUUCAACCGGACGCGGAAUGCGAUAAAAGCGAACAUGUUGGCAAUUUUAAAAUGUAAUUAAUUUAAGAAACCACCAUUGGGGCCAAGGGGCCUGUUGGUGAAGGUAAUACACAUAAACAUAAACAUAAACCCUACGCUAAUUAUACACAAAUGUCAAACAAAAAUUACUACACCUAUCUGCAUAAACAAAACCGUUCACAAACGCGAAAAUGAACAAAAAUUUAUAACUAAAUGUGAACGGUACUUAACAGUGGUGAGCAUAUUAUUACCAAAACAAAUACACUUUACGGAGCGUAUAGCUAAAAUUAGGUAUAAUUCCACCCAGUGCUAAAUUGUUGCGCUGACGAGUUACAUGGUAAAGAAAAAUCUGGAGUUUAACACGAUCGAAAGACUUCCCUUUAACAAAUGAAUCAUACUAGAGUAGAAUGGGGUUAUAUACCCUUUUUUAUUUACUGGUUCGUCAAACCUGCGAACGUAUUAUUUCCCAGUAUCCGGCUGCUACUGUCUCAUUUCCGUUGACCUCUCGAGCGAAGUGCCGUAUGAAUUAACCUUACUCAAUCACGCAAUUUUCUAAUGGCUAUAGCAACAGCACAGUACAAGCGAACAUCGCCGAACUUAAAAAUUAGACACUAGCAACCAGGGAUGGCGUAGACAAUAUGAAUACAUAAUCCAUAUAGGAGAAUGCCAAUUCCGACCAUCAACCGAGGUCGUGUGAUUUGAAUCCGGGUUGCUCGGUCUAUUCCAUCUUUCGUUACCCUAGCUACAUGCUAAAACCACUCUGUGUACUUACCAAAAUCUAGCCUGUGCAAACGGCCAAAUUCUUCGAAUUUUCAUAUAAAACCCCCAUCUAUUUUCAAUAUCUGUCUACGCCACUGCUUAUUCCUCUUGCCGAGAGUAACCAACAUUGCAACGGUACAUUUCAUUUCCUCUCCAAACACACGACUCAAUACAAUUGCGGUUCCCUGCGUUCGUUCUAAAGCCAAUCACUUUUCCGUGCAGUUUUUUUUUCUACUUUCCUUUCAAAGAAUAGAGCCUGUAUAGCUUUAGUGUUGCGAUUCCGCCAAACCCAAAGGACCUGGCCCAAGCAGACGAAGAAAAGAUAUAAAAAUGGAAUUUUUAAUUUGAUUUCUCGACUUCCGUCGUUUUUGUGUUCCGUCUGCUCAAUGAUGAAUGUUCUGUUCGGUCUUCCCCAAUCUUAUUUUUUUUCAGCUCGGGGGACAGGGUCAUCAUUGUUGGAGUUGAAUUAUUACGUGUUUCCCUCCCUCGCAGUCCCCAACCCAACCCAAAAAUUUUAUGACCAGUAUAUUUUUUGAAACGUAUGAGAAAUUAAAACGUAGAACUGCUGCAGAAGUUUCCUUUUACCAAAGCAGAAAACGAUACCGCAGGGUUUCCCGGUAUCGUUUUUUUUUUUGUAUUUUCUCUCCUCUCGACAUGUAGUUUUGCGCGGGAUUCGCUAAUUGGAAAAGUUGGAUGUUUGCUUAUAAAAGAAUCAGUUCGGCCGUCGCCGCAAGUGGGAUUUUUUAUUGGAACUUUUCACUAUGUGGCUCCCGUCGGUUGCCAUAUAAAAAUGGUUCUCAUAGCUUAGCUCAAUCCAAUUAUAAAUGGAUUUCAGUUUCAAAACUGUCCAUUCACCUGUCCGACCUGUGUCCGCACCAUCCGGCUAAUAGAAAUAUAGAUUCCAAAGCUUCUCCUGACAGAUCGUUUUUCUGCCUUUGAGUAAAAACAAUUUUCGCCAAGAUAUUAUCCCCUGUUGCCAAGUCAUCGAGGCCAAUAAAAACAAUCACGAAUGGGAAAAAGUUCAUCAACGAGCAUCAUUUUCUCGGCAGUUGCACAUCAACUUUGGUCGAAUCCAAAUGAAUCGUUAUUUUAUUCAAAUCAUUUUUCUUCCAGACUGACUGACUCCGCAGCCCCUCCUUCUGUAUUUUUUUCUUCCCUUUUUUCUGGCGAAUUGUGGCAGAUGGAUUUAGUAGAUCAGCCAAGCGUUGAUCGCCUUCCGUUCGGUCGGAAUGAUAAAUCCCCAAUUUCAACAGAUCCUAAGCCGAGAGAGAGAGAGAGAGUAGCAACUGGUCAUCUUGGCGAGGCGCCGAACUGCCAGACCAUAAUGGAAGUGGAAAUUAGAUUUAGCUCGAACCGUUCUUGGCCAGCUGUUUCCACCACCACCCGCGCCGCAUGCCGCCCUGCAAUCAAUCCACGCUGACACAAAAGAAAAGGCAAAAACCGAUCGUCAUUCCACAGCCAGACAUAAAUUUGCGCAAAAAUUGUUCUGACGAAUGACGCGGAAAAUUGCAACUGUCAAAUGAGAUUUUUCAUCCCGAUGAGGUUUUUAUGAUGCCAGUCGGGUCGGGAAUGGUAGGAAAGACACUUUACCAACUAUGACCGCAGGAAAAGUUAGUUGUGGACAGAUGAAGGGCUGCUGCUGAUGGUGCACUCGCGGGUGCCACUUGGUUGAUGGAUGAGAGGAUGUUAGCGUGGUAAUUGUGGCCGAGAACCGUUAUGCCGCUAUUUUAGCGGUUGACUCGUGGAAUGUGUCUCUGUGCUGUCAACCCGUUCGAACCAACGGGACACAGCCAACUUGACAGUUAAUAACAGGUAGGCUAGCGGAUUCUAGCAAGUGCUCUGUACAUUCCAAUAUUUAUUGGUAUUGUGAAUAACAAAUGAUUGGCAACUUUCACUUAAUGUCAGCUCUAGCCCGUUGGUAACGACGUAGAUCGAAAUUUGAUUCAUUUUGGUCGUAUCGUACCCCUUGUAGAUCCCUUCUAACAUCUUCGUCCCAAACCGUUACACACAGAACAGAACCCGUAUGAUUCACAUGCAAAUAUUCUUGUUUCUAAUGCAUUAGAACUAAUCUAAUGAAAAUAAAGUGUUAUUUGGCCAACGAAGAUUAACCCAACUACCGGCUGAAAACCUACGUAAUAAAGUUAAUAAUAAUAAUAAUACUAGUUGUUUGACCCGGUUGGAAAUGCAUUACACAGCGAUUACAUCGUACACGGAAAAAAAUCCGUUCAUAAAUUCAUGCAUAAGAGAUCACAAUCCUCCCUUGAUUUUUUGAAGGUGGCCGGGUUGGCUUCUCCAGUGGUUAAUAAAGUGAGCCAUGGUUUCUGUUUUGAAGUAGGAGAUGAUAUCUAUCGAUGGGACCAAUUUGGUCAGCAAUCUUCGGGCCUGUCUCCCACAAGCUGCCAAUGAGUCGGCUUCCUCAUUCCCGCUGAUCCCGCAGUUACCGGGUACCCAGCAUAUAGUAGUCAAUGAAUCGCAGGUGUCCUCUAUGGCCUGUAUGUAAGUGUGGCGUGAUGUUCCCGUUUCCAGGGCGGAUAUGACCGACAUAGAGUCCGUCAGAAUGAUAGUCGGUAUUCCCUCUGGUCUUCUUGCAAUCGUGAGACUGAUGGCAGCAGCUUCUGCCGAGAAAACGGAGCAGCUGGUGGGGAGGCGGUAGGCCAGACCAGUUCCUAUUCCGCAGACGCCAACUCCAACUUUUCCUUGCAGGUUAGAAGCGUCAGUGUAGACCCGGGCGUGGUUCGGGAAUCGUUGGUUUGUCAGUUCUAGGAAUUUGGCCUGAGCGAACUCGGGGGGAGGGCCUGCUCCCAGUGACCUGGAUAGGUUGGUGUUGGUGUUCGGACUUCUCGUGUACCAGGGACGGUCCCGGGUCCUGUGGAGACGAGCUAUUUCUGGGAGGUCUGUGCCGGUGUAUUCCAGGAAUAUAUUUUGAGCCGUUUUCAGGAGGGCACAAGAGCCACCGGAGGUCCUUUCGAGAAAUCCUUGAGCGCGCCUGAGUAUGAUGCUAGCGCGCCUGAGUAUGAUGAAAGGGGGGAAUGCCAGCUUGGACACAGGCUGCUUCGGCGGGAGUGCUCGGCAGUAGGUUAGAGGCCAACCGAGUCGUUCCGUUGUACAGGGGAGCAAGGAUCCUCAUAAGCCCUUCCAUAUUGUGGCUAGUUAUUUCCAUACCGUAGAAUAUUUUGCUGUUGAUGAGCGCACUGCUGACGUUCAGCGCAGUUCUCCUGUUCCAUGUCGGAUGUCGGGCACUGAUGGUUCGAAUGAGGCGUUUCCUGCUUUCACAGUCUCGUUUAACAGUCUCGAAGGGCGAUACGAAAGUUAAACGGCGGUCCAGCGUGGUACCGAGUAUUUUUGGUUCUCUGCGGAAAGGGAUAAGUGUAUUUCUGAGCUUGACCAGUCUAUCAGUGGCUAGAUGAUAGGAAUUGCAACAGUGUGAUACUGAGCACUUGGCGGCGGCUAUGUUGAACCCCACUAUUUCAGCCCAUUUUCCGAUGGCGUCUACAGCGGCUUGAAGCUUUAUCCGCACUCGAGCGGUCAAUCCUCCCAUUACGACGAUUAUGAUGUCCUCGGCGUAGACGAAAACAUAAACUCCACCCUGUAGAGAUGCAAAGAGGGAGUUCAUGCUGACGAGGAAUAAAGUGACGGCGAGAACGGAUCCCUGUGGGAUACCGUUUUCUUCCACAUACGUUCUGGAUUGUAGGCAACCGACUCCCACUCGGAAGACACGAUUGUUGAGGUAGUCCUUGAUGUAGUUUCCAAGGUUACCGGUGACUCCCCAAUUAGCUAGUUGCCGGAGAACCCCCUCGCGGUAGACUGUGUUGUAGGCCUUUGCGAUGUCCAAUAUAGCUAUGUCGGCAUGCAUGUCGUCCGUCAGAGCCUGCCGGAGAAUUUCUCCAAAUGAUCCGAGGUGGGCUCCAGUCCCUCCAGCCUUGCGAAAUGCGAAUUGGCGCUGGUCAAGAUGGGAGUUUUCUUCGAGGUAGGUCAUAAGCCGUUUGUUGACCAUCCGCUCCAUAGUUUUUGCUACGCAGGGGAGCAGGCUAAUCGGCCGGAAGUCUUUCGCCGUACGAGGAGUGUUACUCUUCUUUGAUAUGGGGAUUACAAGGGCCGUUUUCCGAGAAGAUAGGAUGGGUUGACCAUUCCAGAUGCGGUUCAAACAUUCCAAUAGCCUCGGGUGGAGCAUGCUGCAGCAUAGGGUAGCCGACAUCAUCUAGUCCGGCGGAGUUGCCGUGGGCGGUAGCGAGUGCCGCUGUUAAUUCUAUCCCAGAGAACGCUCUGUUGAAGUCUUGUCCUGAGUCCGGUGGGAAGGAUAUGGGCGCUCUUCCGAGUCUACUGCAUCGUGCUAAAAAGGAAGGAGGGCAGCGUCAGAGGAUAACGAACUGAAGUGUUUGCCGAGUUCUUUGGCAAUUACUCGGGGUUCGACUGUUGUGGUUCCGUUAACUUCGAGGGAGAAGCCGACUUGCCUUCUUUUCCCGCUGAGAGCGUUAACUCUCCUCCAAAGAUCAGUGGUGGAAACAUACCUUGGAGAAACGCAUUCCAGCUCUUUAUCUUGUCAGCCUCGAUGCCCUUCCUGGCCCGGUUUCGUGAUCUACGAAACUCUGCAGCCCUUUGUUCUUUCAUGGGGUGGUUAGCAUGGGUCUUUUCAGUAUCCGGAGUGCUUUGCGGCGGUCUCUGAUGGCUUGCCUGACCUCCGGGUUCCACCAGUGGGUGGCUCGGGGUGGAGGUUUUCCACUUGUACGAGGAAUACUGCGCUCGGCGGCUUGAACCAGUUUAGCCAUUAGUUGGUCGGGUGUGUAUUCGCGACCUGGUGCGAGAGAGUCCGAGACUGCCUCUUCAUAGGCUACCCAGUCCGCCUGAUCGUAUAGCCAGCGCUAACGGCGAGUCGUGGUUGGUGGUAUGCGGUCGUACGUUAUUUGAAUUGGGAAGUGUUCGUUAUUUCCGGUGUCUGCGAGAACGGACCAACCACAGGCCCCAGCGAGCUCCGUGGAGCAGAAAGAUGUCCAAGACGGAAGAGUAUUGGCCUCUGAUAUAGGUGAAGCUUCCGUUGUUAAGUAUAAUAGCGUUGCAUUCUUCCAUGACUUUGGCAAUUUGGCUGCCCCGUUUGUCGCUUCUACCAGAUCCCCACAGCGGAUGGUGGGCGUUGAAGUCCCCCAUCACCAGGAAGGGGGUGUCUAGUUGCUCCAGCAUGUUCUUCAGUUUUGAACCGAUAUUGCGCACUCCGGCGGGGAUGUAGAGAGAGGCCACGGUACAUCUGACCGGAUAGGAUAUGGUUCGUGCCACGACUAUAAGCUCCGUCUAACACGAGUUUUAUUAAAGUUGAUCGGAAUCGUGUUAUCCCAUAGCACGGGCACUUUUGUUUCAUUUGGCAAACUCAUUUCACUCCGCAGCCUGGGCAACGAUACACUAUUGUUUAUGCACUGAUAUAGAACAAAAGGCUUUUCUGGUGCCUAUAGCCUGCUAUAGCGUAGCAAUUUUUCGCUUCUGCUUUGUGCGAAGUCAGAAGAUAGACUGAAAUAAAUAACGAUGUUCGAGGUUCUAAUAGUUUUUUUAUAUCUACUGCUCGUUAGCAGCUGGGCAUUUCAUGAGAAAGUGCAAGGAACAAAAACGAUUCCGUGAAUAAUAUAAAAAAAUUUGUGAAAGAGUUCACGUGAAAAUUUCAUUACCAUUGACUUACUUGACGCCUAGGACACCAACACAAUUGUAAUGUGUAUAGACAACAUACAUAUAACGCGAUGUUUUCAAUUCGCCAUCUGAUUUAACCUAAUUUGGCGAAAAUUCCACACGAUUUAACCUCAAUCUCGUACAACACAACUGCACAUGGGUUAAUCAAUAUCUUAUGAAAUUGAAAAUGAUUAGGAAUAUAUUCAUAAUAUUACCAGCACACUAAAUAGAUCGUAAAUCAUGUACUACGAAUCAUGAACUAGUUCACGAAUCCAUGAAUAGCAUUUCAUGAAUUUGUGAAUUAUUUGACGAGCACGAAUGGUCAGACGUGACUAUUGUACUAGGAAUCAUCAACCAGUUCACGAAUAUAUAAUUAUUUUAUGAUUCCGUGAACUAUUUCACGAUCACGAAAGGUAAGUCGUGACUAUUAUACUAGAUAUCAUGCAGUUCACGAAUGCGUGACAAAUAUUUCAUGAUUUUGUGAACUAUCUCACGAAUACAUGAGUAAUAGUGGAUGAUUUUGUGAACUAUUUCACGAGCCUGAAUGGCAAUCGUGACUAUUAUUCUAGGAUGACUGAAACAGUUCACGUAUACAUGAAUAAUAUAUUUAUAAUUUUGUGAUUUAUUUCACGGGCAGGCAUGGUUAGUCAUGACUAUUAUACUAGGAAUCAUAUUUUAUGGUUUUGUGAACUAAUGCACGGGCAUUGGAUCGAUACUGUUUUGCGUGGUCGAUUCGCCGCAUUCCAUGUAAACCAGUACCUGCAGGCCAUCUAGAGAUGAAAACGGUUAUUUGAUCCAUGAGAAAUGUAGACAUCCGCACUAUUGUAGUCAGGGGUAGGCUGUGAUUGUCAAAUCACAUAUAUUUAGCGCGUACCCAACAUCUCGUUUCGGUCCAGCACUUUGGACCCCGUUUUAUGGUUACUUCACCCCAAACUGAACUAUUGAUGGUAGCGGAAAGUUCCAGCCAUAGGUACAGGUGGUUAUAGAGGUCCUAGUCCGACACGUGUUUGGUCGAGUAUCAGAAACUCGAAUGCUUGGGUCGUAAGGAAACACCCCAGCACCUCGUCCGACCGUGAGUGUGAACCCGCUGCCUGGUUUUUGCAGCCUUCCCCAAUUCUCCGGAUAAGAUGUAGGAUCAAUGUAACGAAAGAUUCUGCGCUCACCACAUCCAAAAGUGUUGUAAGUGUAGGUGUCUGCAGCGCAUCAUAUCUGACGGAACGCAUACUAGCUAAGAGGAUUACGGCGGUUGAGUUGUGCUGCCACCCGGUCACCAAAUUUUCUGGCAGAGACCAUUCUGCUAAAUUUCUACCAGUCUUGGUUUAGCAGCCCUGUCAGAUAUCUGCGCGCAUCCUGUCGGGUUAGCUAAACUAGGGCAAACUCGGUUUCGCUCGCGUUUGCUGGCAAAUUGUGGCAGGAACCGAGCAAAACUCUGGCACAACUCGUAAAUAAAGCGUGCAAAGAUCCUGACAAUUCCUACCUGGUAGAAUUUUAGCACGAAUAGAGCAAAAUAUCUGACAAAGUUGUGGCAGGAGGCGUACAGAAAUCCUAGCCAAACAUUCCUAGCUGGUUCUGGCCAAAAAGUGAGCAGCAUCGGUUAGUUUAACCGCUUCUGUCAGAAACGGUUGUUGCAUUACAGCGAAUUCUUUGCCAGAAUUCUCACACAAAUCGCACAAAAAUGCAGGUAGAAACUCUGCCAGAACCAAUUUCGCUUUACUCAACUUUUGCUAACUUUCUGCUUGCCACGGAGACUGGGCUAUCUUUCGCUCGGAAUCAGAUCCUACACGCAAAAAUAAAACAACCCACAGAAUAAGUUCUUUUUACUUAAAUUUAGGUACUUUUGAGUGGCGCCUCGCUUUCGCACUUAUUAGUGUUGUCAAAAACAAAACGAGAGAUUCGACUCAGCGAGGUCUUCCGUGCAGUAAGGUACUUUUGAGUUGUUUGGGGUAUACUCAAAAUUAGGUAAAUUCAACUUAAAUUUAAGUAAAUUAAAUUCAAGGUUGAGUUAUGAUUGUUGCCGUAGUUAAAUGGAAACUACUUUCUACACGGUUUACCUAAUUUUACCUUCCUGCACGAUACCGCGAGAUUAGUCAAAAGUUUUCAAUUUUAGGUAGUUUCUCGGUGGCGUGUAGGGUAAAGCAUGUUAAACGGUAACACGUGGACACAUAAAAGUUAUGUGAGACAUCAGAUAAUCUAAACAACGCAUUGAGACCCACUUUCCAGUUAAUGCUGGUUCUGUAGCUCAAAUAGGGCUGUUUGUUAAGCGAUUUCCGGAGGACCUACUUCAACACAAGGUCGCAAGAAUAAUGCAAAAAUUCGCACCGGUGCCGGCGCUGUCCCAUUUAACAAAAAAUCAGAAAAGUUACUGAUGAACGGAAUCAGUUCUGGGUCCAUCGGAGCUAUCUCAACCCGAACCAUACACCGAAGGAGAUUGUUACUACGACCCAGGAAGGUCUCGGAAUAAACGACAUACUAAAAGCCAUUUUGUAGGUCAAGAAAGAUACCGGACUGACGAAACUCAAUUUCAAUGAAUGUCGAUUUGAUGUGGUUGACAUGCCAUUCCUUCCUAUUUAGUAGCCUCCUGCACGCGCGGCUCAGCGAAGGACAUGAUGGGCACUAGGACCACAAUAUAACAAUAAUGCUUGAAAAAUCACCAAAUCUCCAACGUUUUCUUCGUUGAAAAUGCAAACGGAAGUGAAGGAUGCAAUUUCGACUGCUAAUGUAUUUCCAGAAAGUGUCUGUGGACUAAUAGUCCGGAUGAGUUUAUUAUAACCCUCAUUAACACUAACACUAAUGUACAUUCUGACGAACGUCACUUCCGGACAGAACGACAAUUCACUACGCAUUCCAAAUAUACGCGCUUUUUAUUUUUGUGGUUUAGGGAAGGUACAUUAGGACAACCAAUAUUUUUUUUUCGAAUUUUCGACACAACAAAAUGAAUAAACCCUUUAAGGGGGCGCUUCAGUUUCUGCUAACGUUGAUUGUACGUAUGAAAGGAGAGCAUGCGAGUCCUCUCCGCAUUUGACAUACGACUGAGAAAACUACCCUUAAGUUUCUCUUCGUAUUUGUAAUAACGACUCUUAUUGCUACAAUGGAUAGUUGUAUGACCCAAUGACUGAUCUUGUGUGCUGUUCAUGACCUGCGACCCAAUAAAGCGAACAGGCACACGUAUAUUGUUGAAGAGGUCGUCACAAGGCAGAACUAGCGAAGAUAACCUGAUACGAGUGUGAAGGAAAACAUAAGACGUAGUCCGGUUCGUUGCGAUUGAUGCUGAACGUAAUCGCUUGUAGAUCAGUUUCUUUACUGACUGGAGCAGGGAGAUCUUAGCUUUCCGUCACGCCGCUCUGAAAGCCUAUCAAAAUCGUUUUAGGGCACCAGCAGAUGCUCGUUCAGUGAGCCAUGCGCGCGACUUCCGCGGGAUUUAAACAGCCUACCCAUUAUUUCAACACAUCGCAAACAACACUAUCUACACUUCGCGCGACGGUACGUGGACACAGUAAUCUCCAAGACUCUGGUGUAUAAGGCGAGUAACGCUAGAACGAAAAAGGUUGAAAACCACUGUUCUUGAGCAAUAAAGCACUUUAGGUUCAACUGAGAAUGGUCAUCUUUGAAAAUGAAAAAAGCGGUGUAAUACUGUUUAGUACUGAUUGAUUUUCAUCAAACGGCAUGUGUAUUUUUCUUUGACAAAGAUGGCCGCUUUUCCAGGGGUUCUCAGUUAAACCUUAAACCAGAAUGUCAUUAUUUUCGAUGAUACAUUGUGUACACGGAAAAAUAAUUGAUUCCAGAAUCGUGAAUGAAGCUCCAUAAAUUCUGGAACAAUUACGCUACGAUAACAGGACCAUGAACAAAAAUCAUGAUUUGUAAUUUUUAUGUUCAAUUAUCAGCAUAACGCUUUUAUUAGUGGAAAUGUUGCCAAUACAAAUCGGUUUUCUGUACCUGAACUAGUUCACAUCUUAAUGAAAAUUAUUCAUAAAGCUUAAGGUUAACGCGUGAUUUUAUUCAUAGAUUAAGGAACAUGAGUUCACAAAAUCAAACGCAUGGGGAUUUUGUCUCGUAAACUUUCACGAAAUUCGGAAUUUCAUUAAUGAGUUUAAUGAUUAAUUAAUUAAAUUAAUGAGUUCACGAAAUCAUGAAAAAUUAUUCGUGUAUUCGUGGACUGGUUCAUACAACUGGCAACUCGGAAUAAAGUAAUGAUAUUCUUAGUAGCAGGGCACCAAGGAAUCGAUGGUAACGAAGUGGUCGACGAAUUAGUCAGGCGUGGUUUAUCAAACAUGUUUGUUGGACCAGAACCAUUUCUAGGUAUAUCUACCUGUGCCAUUAAACUAGAACUUUCGGCUUGGGCAGGAGGCCAACUACUAAAUGACUGGCGUAACGUAGAAGGCGCUCGACAAGCCAUGAAAUUCAGAUACAACGGGAGCCAAAAAACUAAUGCAUCUAAAACGAAAAGAUUUACGUAUAAUCACAGGCUUAUUUACGGGACAUUUUCAUCUGAAAAAAAUUGGCAAAAAUCCAUAUACUUCGGAAGGCAUCUUAUGACGCCUCACGAGGUAUGGCAUACCUGUCCCAAACGGAUCCUUACCUACAUUAAUAAUGUACUACCCGGUUGGGACGACACAUGAGGACAAACAAACAACUCGCUUCCAACUACAUUGAAUUCGGGAAACUUGUUACAUGUAGAGCAAACAGGGGCUACCACAAAAGAUAACCUGAAUAGUAGUCGCAGUGGCAAAGUUUCCCAUAACAAAAAAAGGAUUUUACGUUAAAAUCUUAAUGACAAGGAAUAUUGAAACCACGUAGGUGGUUUUUCGUAUUCCGCAAUGUGUCUAGAAUUCUUUUCGUAUGUUGAACUGUGCCGAUGUUUAUUUUUUUUUAAAUGCUUCAGUUGUACGGUUGUUAUAUUUAAAUUUGAUUUUUUAUAACAUCGAUGCUAUUUUUUCAGUAGCUGCCAUGCUUGCUAAACAGAGGGGCAAACAUUGCUAUUUUAGAAAAUACUCAAGAUUACACUGUGAUUGUUUAUGUAAAACAAGUUACAAUUUUUCCAUUAAAAUUCGACGUCAUAUAUAAUUAACUAGGUUUCGGAUAACGGAACCUUUAAACUACGCAGUUGCAUUGCUCCGCGUAGAAUAGUUAUUAUUGCAGUUAUUAUUAGCGAUACAACAUUCCUGAUAUGAUGAAAUUGGAUAGAGUCGACCACUUACUUAAAGGAACACAUUCUCUUUCAAUAAACAUUAAACUAGCCAUAGCAUGCUUGAUAUCAAUCGAAAUUAUGUUGAUUCUAAACGUGGUGAAGGUGGUGAAGCAGUUCCCACUAAUUUUUCUGAUUGUAAGAUAAUGGUUCAGUUUAGCUGAGCAGUAUGUUUGGAAAAAUUUUACUGCAUAAUAUGAGUCAUCUUUUGGCUAGAAGAUUUUUUUUCGAAUAGAGGGCGCUAUCACUAACUUUUUAAAGAAGGGAGAUAGAACAUGGACAUGUUCAAAUGAAUGACUGAAAAAUGUCUAUUCUAUUGAGAUUAUCCUAGGGGUAGAUCACUUGUGACACAUUUUUAAAAAUCAACGACAUUAAAUGCACAUCAAAAUAGAAAUUCAAAAUGUAUUUUGCAUUGCGUGUGAGAUGUCAAAACCUUGCAAGAACUAGCUCUACAUCCAACAAAACAUAGAACGAAGUGGAUCAACGUAAGUUGUUAGUUGAACAGAUUUUCUACGAAGGAAUGCAAAAUUGAAAUGAAAUGCAUUUUUUCCGAUUUUUAUUCAAUUUUAAUAUACAUUCUUAGAGUGAUUUCCCACUAGGUGUUAUCGUUCAUUGAAUAGGUAUGAGAAUUCUGGGUCCUGCUUUUAGAAAUUGGUACGAUUGUUCCGGACAGAGAUUGAAAGGAAUCUUUUGGUAGAAUAAAUUUCAUUUAUAUUUUUUUUAAAUUCGAUUCUGCAACUUUUCGAAGCUUUGUAAAUAAUUCAGUGAAAAUUUUCAAAUAUGGACUUAGCCAUUGAUUUAAAGAUGUCUUGGAGGUUAUCGGAUUCCAUCACCAGUAUACUGAACAUCAUUAGGAAUUAAACUACCUUUUUUCCAGUCUUUUCUCUUCUGUAUUGAAAGGUAAGUCAGCAAGUUUCGCCGUCGAUAAAUUACAGAUAGGGUGAUGAGCCUAUUUUCACCAUACUAAGCAAGGUGCCUCACUAAUUCGGUAAUUUCUGGCCUUACAAUCAAUGGAUUGCGUCAAAAUUUACAUCAACCGCUUUGCUUCGUUGUUAAGAACCAAUAUAAUAACACCAAUGCGUUGAAAACAGUAAAAUUCUCGUGUUUGAGCACAAUGAAAACUCGAAUCGAGUGCCCCUAUUGUUGCGCUACCAUUUGACUCAAUGCGUUGAAAAAAGAUGGCAGACACUGCUCUAACCAACGGCUUCAAAUGGGUAGGGUGAUAAUAGAAACAUGGCGCAAAUAGGCUCAUCACCCUAUGUAGUCUCUAUGUCGAGCAACUGAAUCGAGUAAACUAAGCAGUUUUAACAAUAGUUUGUUGAGAUUAAAAAGAGAUGAUUUCGAACGAUAAAUAAUCACACCUUUUUCUUAUUGACUGAAGCGAAAUUUUCACAUUGUCUUCCCAUUUUGACUAUAAACCCUUCUGUUAGUUACAACUACUGACUCCGACUUUACACAACAAACUGACCUGUACCUAAACCAUAGUUAAAGAGAACAAUCCGAAUUCCCUAAAUCAGCGACAACCUACAGUCAUUCAUACACACACGCACAUAGUCAACUCACAAAGUCAAACAACGAAUUAAAGUGGUGCUAUUUAAAGAGAGAAAAAAAUCGUCGUAGCCGUUUGAUAAUAAAAGUCCUCUCGCUGGGUAAAUGCGAAACCGUUAUGCACAAAGUAUCAACUUUAGUUACCGGGCCCAGAUAAGAGGAAACAUAAAAUCUUUUCGAGCAUGGCCCUUCCCCAAUAUCACAAAGCGAAGAAAAGCACAGACCGGUCUAAAUAGACAACAAAGAGCCCAGUUGUCCUUUUAGACCGUCCAACCUUCCUUUCGGGGGGCGAAAAAUAAAAUGCCCCUACUUUCUGCCUGCUUACACAUUCAAUCAAACAUAGAUCCUUUAAUUACUGUUAAACGAAUACUGUCAGAGUUUACGAUUAUUUUCCAUUGUUUAAGCGUAAUAAAUAAUAAUAAUAAUAAAUGCUCUUAAAGAGCAUAACCUGUUUCAAACAAAAAAAAAACACUCAAACUCAAACACACAAUACAAAAUGAACAAAGACCAAUCAAAAAACGGUAGAGUAAAUAAAAGUGAACAUAAUUUAAAGGUUAAAUGUUUGAAAUCAAAGAGAAAAAAAAACUCCCACCAGAAUGCCAAAGCCGAAUCUCGGAGGUGGACAAAUCUUAUUAAUUACAUGAAAUUCAAACGACAAAACGUAUUGUAAUGACUAAAUUCUAACUUUUGUAUGUAACCAAACAAAACAAAAGCAUAGCUAAAACAAACAAAAAAAAAAGUUAGCGAAUCUCUAAAAUAGCUAAUAGUUACUUGAAAUGAACUAAAGGAAAGAAGCAGAAAAAAACUACUCUAGGAAGAGAGCAACAAAUACAAUUUUAGCGUUUUUUGUACUUCAUGAGGAACACAAAAAAAGAAGGAAAAUAUAUUAUCGAAAUAUGAAACCCAAAUGUGUAGUCUAAUUUCAAAUUUUCUAUUGAGGUCAUGAUUUUUGAAUUUUUAUAACAAACAAACCAACAAACAAACAAACCUACCAUGAAGAAAACAGUCUCUAGAAAUAAUUCGUAACGCAAGCAAAAUGAUGUAUAUUGUUACUUAAUUACGUGAUAAUAAAAUGUGUACCAAAACAGAUCAUCUUUCAUUGAACUCACUCACUCACACCCGCAAACUACGAUGGAAUUAAAAAUAAGGCAAAUCAAAAAAAAACCAUGAGAUGUCCAUAAAAGCAAAAACAAAAAUCGCUGUCGUUUAUUAUUAACAAAUUAAUUGAGGAAAAAACUAACUAGUGAAUACAAAUGUUGAACUAUUUAAGAUGUCGAAGCUAUUUGGUAAGAAAAGCAACAACAAACACAACAUCCCAAUAGAAAACAGUCGGUAACGAACGUAGUAGAAGAUUCUUCAGUCUAUCUCUUUACCUCUCUCGUCAUGCACGCACGCACGUACGGUGAAAGCAGGAACAGUGUAUUAGCGAACAAAUUUGAAACAGGGCGAAGGAAUUUGACACUUGUCCUAUCAAAUGAAUAAUAAAUAGAUAAACAAUACAAAAAAAGACAGAAGCAGUUUUAGGGAACCGUUGCGUGGGAAUGCGUAGUUGCUAUUCCGUACGUACGGGGUAACAAGUUUGCAAGUGUGUGGGUUGAUUGCGCGAAGUAAUUGGCGGUGUAUUUAGUAAUCGGACGAUGGAAUUGUUUCAGUCGACGGACGGUAAAGGAUUUGAACACUGAGAAAAAAAAUACACUCACUGAAAAUAAUUUCAAACCAACA